GUGAGGGAGAAAACCCAGACCAGACUGAGGGAGCCCCUUUUCGUCCUCCCUGAGCCCCAUCAGCGGGGGGAGAUGAAGCCGAAAACAUGUACCCCGUCAAACCUGACGACGUCAACCCAAGAUGCCACCUUUCACCUCGUCGUCGACUCCGUCUCCCUGCUCCUCAGCCUGGCCGGGCUGGCCGGCAACAGCCUGGUCCUCUGGUUCCUCGGCCUGCGCUUCAAGCAGAACCCGUUCACCGUGUACAUCCUGCACCUGGCCGGGGCCGACUUCUGCUUCCUCCUCGGCCGGGCCGUCUGGUUUGGCACGAACAUCGUGUACCGCGGCCUCAAGCUGAAUGCGUUCCGGAAGGGCGUGUUCUACCUGUGCCACGCGACGCUGGUCUUCAACAUAUUCAUGUUCAACACGAGUCUGGGCCUGUUGACGGCCAUCAGCGUCGAGCGGGGCCUCUCCGUCCUCUUCCCGCUCUGGUACAGGAGACACCGCUGGAAGAACCGACCCCCGACCCUCUGCGCUGUCCUGUGGGUUCUCUCGGCUUUGACGGCCACCCUGGAGUUCUAUUUCUGCGUCUACCAGGCGGAGGCCCAAGAGGCCCACUGGUUGGGCAAUGCCAGCGUGCGCCUGGUCAGCUGCGUGCUCAGCUUCCUGAUCUCCACCCCCCUCAUGGUCCUGUCCGGCGUGGUUCUCUUCGCCAAGCUCCGCCGCCGGGGGAGGGACCUGCCCCCGGCCAAGUCCUGCAUCGUUGUCAUCGCCGCCGUCCUCACGUUCCUCGCAUUCGGGCUCCCGCAGAGGGUGUGGUUCGUGGUCAAGUUCGAGUUCAAGGUCUACGUCUCCCGCCCGGUCUCCUCUGUGGUCCAGCUGCUCUCUUGCAUGAACAGCAGCGCCAACCCCAUCAUUUACUUUUUCGUAGGGAACUUCAGGAAGGGCCGGGGCCGACGUUCCGUCAGGCUGGCCUUCCUGAAAGCUUUCAAGGAAGAUCACCACCUCCAGGAAGAGGGAGAAGUCACGUCUCGGGCCCCGUGAUGAUGCGAGCUCGACCAGUAGGGCUGGAGUAUUCCCGGGGACGCCAUGGCAACGAGGUGAGGGUUUCCAUGGGGAUCUCUGCUUCGUGGACGUCGAGCCUCUGUCAAAGUCCUGAACAAUGAGGAAACCCGGGAGGAUUGUGCGAGGGAAAAGUUGAGAGCCUACUUGAGUUGGCACUUCCCUUCUUCUUUCAUUCAUUCAUAUUUAUUGUACGCUUCCUGUGUGCAGAGCUCUGUACUAAGUGCUUGGAAAGUAUA